AUGGGAGAUAAUAAGAAAUUUUACAUGAGUGGGAUACAAGAAUAUAUUGAUGAAACACAAGAUGACACUGAUUUAUAUUUUAAGUAUGGUGUUUACCUCGCAUCUACAGGUGCAAAAUUUGAUAUAUCACUGUUUAAUGAUAAAGUGGCACUAUUAAAUUUUUUGAAAAAAGAAAAGUUUACGAUAAAACGUAAGAAAAAAAACAUAGAUUGGUAA